AUGGCGGACAUAAACCAUAUACUGAAAUCACCACAAACUCUGACAGAUGCAAAAAAUAUCCCUGGUUCUGAAGGGAAGAGCUUUCCUGUGAGCAAAUCUGUUGACUCUGUGAUAAAGGCAGAUGAGAGCUACAGAAUGGAUCAUGCAGAAAUGGGGCUGUGUAUCUUGGUCAACAAUAAAAACUUUCAUCCUGCUACUGGAAUGGCAUAUCGAUCCGGUACAGAUGCAGAUGCGGCGCGUGUUGUAGAAACUUUCAGGAUCUUGGGUUAUACUGUCAAGCCAUAUAAUGAUCUUACAUGUAAACAGAUGGUUGAUGCUCUGCAAAAUGUUUCUAAGGAUGAUCACAGCAAGAAAAAUGGCUUUGCCUGCGUCUUGUUAAGCCACGGAGAGGAUGGUCUGAUCUAUGGUACAGAUGGCCCCUUGGAGCUAAAAAUGCUAACAAGCCUGUUCAGAGGAGACAAGUGCAAAACCUUGGCAGGAAAGCCAAAGCUUUUCUUUAUUCAGGCUUGUAGAGGAACCGACCUUGAUUCUGGAAUUGAAACAGACAGUGGGCCAGAUGAAAACAUCUGUCAGAAAAUACCUGUGGAAGCAGAUUUCUUAUAUGCAUAUUCCACUGCUCCAGGCUACUAUUCUUGGAGAAACUCAUCAGAUGGUUCCUGGUUUAUACAGUCUCUGUGUGUGAUGUUGAAGCAAUAUGCUAAAAAACUCGAACUUAUGCAGAUUCUAACGCGUGUAAAUCGAAAAGUCGCAGAAUUCAGUUCUUGUUCAAACCGGUCAGAUUUUCAUGGAAAAAAGCAGAUCCCCUGUAUCGUGUCCAUGCUCACGAAAGAUUUUUACUUUCCUCACUAAAGAAGCUUGCCUUGUGAGGUGAAAGCUAGCAGAAAAGAGAGCACGUGAUGCCAUUUUCAAAUCUGAGCAGGUGCUCGGUCUCUUGUGC